AUGAAAUUCGCGAUCACUAUCUUUAUUCUUUUGGUGUCCAUUGCCGCCCUUGUUCAAACAUCUCCUGUGGAAGAAAGAGGACCUGUUCUACGAGGAGAAGGGUAUGCGAAAUUCGUAAAGGAAUACGAUCAUGCUAUGUCAACUUUGCAAACUUCUCUAAAGGCAAUGGAUAAAAGAAUGGAUAUAUUUCAUCGAAGAGUAAUCCAAUUUACUGCAAUUGUACUCGACGAUCCCAAGAAGAGGGCUAUUACAGAUACUCCUCCUGUGUAUUUUCUAAAAUUCGUAAAUACUCAUCAGAAACUUAUGAAUAACAUUACUGGUGCUAUUGAUGCUGUGGAUAGGGCUACAUCGGAUUUCAAGAAAUCUGUUCAUCAUUAG